AUGCCCCAACUGGUAAGCUGUAUUUCCACAUCUACCUGGCAUACGUCCGGACCACAGACCCCAGCUCACCAGCAUUUCAAAAACUAUGUUGAUACAGUUGACACCCAUGGCUUCAACCACGGUUCAGGCUUACGAUUCUAUUCCAAAAACGUCAUUUUCCACAACCAGAACACUGCCCAAUACAAUGGUGGGGAUGAGAUGUGGGCGUGGAUGAAACGCCUAUUUGGACAAUUUAAGGGUCUCCGGCACGACUUUCAGAACCUCUGGGAAGUCAGAAACGAUGAUGGUACAACCACGAUCAUGUCCCAGUGGACCCGCAACAUCUGGCUACCUGGAAACGACACCGAAGAGCCGACUGUUGCCAUUCCGCUCAGUUGGAUAAGCACUAUAGGCCUUGCGGACUCCGCCGAUGCCCUGGAUGAAUUGCAAUUCAGGGAGGUCUGGCUUUACUGGGAUACCGCUAUGCUCGCCAAAUACCUCCCCAGGGAGGCUGUUGUAUUCCAAGAAUAA